UUGCGGCUGAAGGUCACCGGUUCGCGUCGAAAUUCUCACCCGGCCGGGCGAUCACGCUCGAGCAGCGCUCGGCUUCGACUUCCACGAGCGCUGCCACGCGCUCCGUUUCUUGCCGGCUGACUUCGCUCGGCAUUCGCGGAGGAGAGUGGUAAUCAGCUGGUGCCGAGCGCGCGUUGCAGCCGUGAAUUAGCGUGGCAACCGAGCUGGCGCGAGAGCACCAGCACCUACAUUGCCGUCGGUGCACAGAUCGCGAGGAGAAGGCGCGACCGGAAGUAUUCCAUUCGACGGGACGCAUGCGGCAGUGUCUGAGCGAUUUGAAGGAGCGAGACAGGUGAAGCUUUCGACGAGGGAAGACGACGAGAAGAGGAAGAGCGCGAGAAGAGAGUCGACGUGGAGGAGACACACGUGAGGAGCGACUAGGAAGGAAAGAGAGGAAAGGAGAGGUGUCUCUCGGCGGCCGCACGCGACCUUUGGCUCUCGGUCUACGCAAACGGAGGAUAUACCCCUCUAAGGACAACGUGAUUGAUAUCGCGGAGGGAUUCGCUAUAGCGCGCGCGAAUCAGGAAGCCGCCGCGGCAGCUCCGCGGAAACGACGAGCAAGUGCAGCAGCAGUGUCGCCGACCGGAAGUUUCAGCGCCGCUCGAAAGGGGAAAGGGUCAAAGGGCAUCGAGUCAUCCACGAGGACCUUACUACGACGACGACGACGACGACGGUGACGACUCUCCGUUCACGGCCGCGUUUCUUUCUUUCUUCGUCCCGCUCGCCCGUUCGUCUUCGCUCGGUCGUCGUCAUUUUGUCGCGCCGGAAGCGUGCACUUGCUGCAGCGCUCGCGUCCGCUUCAGGGUCGUAACUUUUGAUCCGUCUCGCGCGUGAAGGAAGAGCUUCUCUUUCUCUCGUCUAGUCUCGCUCUCUCGCUGUCGCGAGAGCGUGGUUGAGUCUCCGCAUCAGCGAGAGCAGUCCUCGCUCCUGUCUUGACCUUCCUCCCGUUUGAUCACUCUCUUUCUUGGCCCUCCUCCUCCUCCUCCUCCUCCUUCUCUUCCGCCUCGUCCUCUCUUCCUAGCUCCCCUCCGCUUUCCGUCCGUCUUCUUCUUCUUCGUCGUCUCCCUUUUGCUCCCGCUUUCGUUUGUCAGGGGCGUCGUCUCUUCUCGUCGUAGUCUUCGUCUUCGUUGCAGCGGACAUGGGCGGAUGUACUUCGAAGGAUACCACGUCGGGCGACGAUAAAAAGAGCAACAAUAUGGUGGACGCAGCUGUUUUGGACAAACUGGAGUCUGGCUUCGCCAAGCUGGCUGAAUCCGACAGCAAGUCGCUGUUGAAGAAACAUCUGACGAAGGAGAUAUUUGAUCAGCUGAAGACACGCAAGACGUCGUUCGGCUCCACGUUGCUUGACGUGAUCCAGUCCGGCCUGGAGAACCACGACUCCGGCGUGGGCAUUUACGCACCCGACGCCGAGGCUUACACAAUCUUUGCUGAACUUUUCGACCCGAUUAUCGAUGACUACCACGGCGGCUUUAAAAAAACCGACAAGCAUCCGCCCAAGGACUUCGGCGACGUUGACUCCUUCGGCAACCUUGAUCCUACUGGCGAAUAUAUCGUCUCGACUCGAGUAAGAUGCGGCCGCUCUUUAGACGGAUAUCCGUUCAACCCAUGUCUGACCGAGGCGCAGUACAAGGAGAUGGAAGAGAAGGUAUCCAGCACGCUGUCCGGCUUGGGCGGCGAGCUGAAGGGUACCUUUUACCCACUCACCGGCAUGAGCAAGGAAGUACAGCAAAAGCUGAUUGACGACCACUUCCUCUUCAAGGAGGGUGAUCGUUUCCUGCAGACUGCCAAUGCCUGCCGCUUCUGGCCAACCGGGCGCGGAAUUUUCCACAACGACGACAAGACCUUCUUGGUGUGGUGCAACGAAGAGGAUCAUCUCCGUAUCAUCUCCAUGCAGAUGGGCGGUGAUCUCGGUCAGGUAUACCGUCGUCUGGUGACUGCCGUGAACGAGAUAGAGAAACGGCUGCCAUUUUCCCACAACGAUCGCUUCGGCUUCCUCACGUUCUGCCCGACGAAUUUGGGCACGACAGUCCGUGCAUCCGUGCACAUCAAAGUGCCGAAGCUCGCUGCCAACAAGGCCAAGCUCGAAGAGGUCGCGGCCAAGUACAAUCUCCAGGUGCGCGGCACUCGCGGUGAGCACACUGAGGCCGAGGGCGGAAUCUACGACAUCUCCAACAAGCGGCGCCUCGGUCUCACCGAGUACCAGGCUGUGAAAGAGAUGAACGACGGUAUCGCUGAGCUCAUCAAGCUCGAGGCCAGCCUCUAAGCAACACCAUGUCGCCCGUCCCCAAUCCACUACCUCCCUUGAAAAUCCCCUCUGCUCCCUCCUUCGUCCCCGACAUGUAUUAUUAUUCGUUUCCUAAAAACAGAAAAAAAGCAUUAGCCUCGUCGUCUCGGACGUCACAUGUCUGUCUAUUUGUGUGUGUGUGAGAGAGAGAGAGAGAGUGUGUGUGACGUCAUGUUCGAAACAUACGCCCUCCCUAGAACCGCGCGCGAAAAUAACUGAAGACUGUUCGGGUCUUUCAGGCGUGAGAGAAAGGAGAGAAAGUAGUUUGUUAUUAUCGCACUGUAUCUUUGAAUAAUUUUUUUUAUCAGUUUCGUUCUGUUCGUUUUUUUACUAUUCUUUUUCUUCGUUUUUUGUUUCCCUUCCCCUUCUCUUUUUCCCUCGGUAAUUCUUACGAACACGUUUCCAGGGGUAAAAAUGUGUUCCUUCGCUCUCGUUUCGUUUUCUCUUUUCUUUCCCUUCUUACGUCUUAUGUCGUUAUGCGUUUACCCACGUUAGUUAGUCGGAAAGAAUAGUCGUACGUUCAACAUGUGUAGUGCUCUAACACUUUAGUCCUCACGAAAUUCGUCGCGCUUGUCUAUUAGAUGAGAGAUUAUAAAGAGAGAGAGAGAGAGAGAGAGAGAGAGAGAGAGAGAGAGAGAGAGAGAGAGAGAGAGAGAACACGGAGGACUAACAAAGUCGUUACUCGAACGGUUCAUUUGCGACGAUGACGAUUACUACCACAACUACCAGGUCUAUUACGAUGACGAUAACAACGACGAAAGAAAUGAAGAAGAAGAACAGAAGAAGACGGUCGUUGAUCGAGAGGAUUGCGAGGCAGAGCAGGCGGAUUCGUAGCUUGCGAUCUUUUUACGGAACCGAGCGGGGGUCGAGAGCGCGGUUUUUCGGCGCUCGACGGCGGUUUUCUAGUCCGGUGAGAACGGUGUGUGGAGAGCAACGAUUCAGCAUUUUUUCAUUCUCUUUUUUACUGUGUGACGAGAGGCCAUGAGAGAGGAACAUCUGCGACGGAUAUAAUACGACGCGCACUACUACUACUACUAUUACACACGCAGAAAAAAACGUUCAAGGCAGAGUUUAAAAGCUACUGCGACGAUAUAUUAGAGACAGCAUGUACCACAGCCGGUUCGACAAACCAAAUGUACGAGAAAAUACAAGUAUCGAGACACGAAUAAAAAGACAUACACACAUUAUGUA